CCUCGUCUCUGGGAUGGGGCGAGAAAGGGGGACGCUGAGUUUUGGGUUCCUGCGAGCUUGCGUAUAAGCUCAGCUUCCGAAUACAUUGCGUCUUACAGGGGUUUUAGCCCUCCAAAAUCUAGUUUUCUUCUUAUAAGACAGUACUUUUUCUUCCCCUUAAAAAAAAAUUUUGUGGCGUGUUCAGGCGAUUUGAUGCAGCUGCAGCGAUUAAGGGAAUCCUGCCUUGUGACACAGUGGUGUAGUAAGAAAACAAGUGUUAAUUCUUUAAAUAAAGGAGUUAAUUUGGAAAUAGUCUUAAAUACAGUUCUGAACCAGAUAAAAGUUACUUUGGUAAAUUCUCUAAAUGCAAUAGAGAUUUUAUUUACAGCGUAGGAAAACUAGGGGGGAAACCCAUUUUCUUGCUUCUCACUAACCUAACUGUGACUAAUUACUCUUUGCUUAAAAAAAAAUUAAAAGGAACAGAUUAAAUUUCUGUCUGCAAGGCACAAAUUAAUCCAUUUACAGAAUUAGUGCUCCAUUAGCACACAGGAGCCCAAAUCUGUCUCAGAGGGGAUGGCAGUAUUUGAGUUUUGGAUUCAUUCCAGUAGACUUUUAGACAGGCUGGUGCUGACUUAACAUUACCGCUUCGUUUGCGGCGGUGAGCACUGUGCUAAGGACAAGCUGCGUGAAUUUUGGGGAUGUGGGAAGGGAAGACCUUGAUCUGUCUCUAGUGUUAAGAUUGCAUUAGAAUGGAAUUAGUAUGAGCCGUCGCUUGAGCUUUGUUGCAAGCUCGUGCUUACAGUUUGACUAUAAAUCCUCUUGCGGGUUAUUUAAAAAAAAAAUCUGUAUAGCUGUUUUUUCUUUCUUUUCCCCCCCUUUUUCAUGAAAGAGCUGUCGGUCUUGACUGUUGUACCUGUACCGGUCUGUCUGUAGGCAGUCUGUCCUUCAAUGAUACCUUUGGGUACGUGCAGACAGACCAGGUUCUGCUGGUUGGACAAUGAAAUAAACGAGGUUCCUUUCUUUGAUAUCCAGCUGCCUUAUGAACUGGCACUGAAGAUAUUUCAGUACCUGGGCAAGACUGAAUUGGGAAGAUGUGCUCAGGUCAGCAGGACAUGGAAAGUACUUGCAGAAGAUGAAGUGUUGUGGUACCGGUUGUGCCAACAGGAAGGAUACCUCUUAGAUACGAGCAUCUCUGAUCAUUCCUGUUGGAAGCUCACCCUCAAGAACUGCCGUGCCAGAGAGCGCACUUUGAAAACCAACUGGAAGAACCGCAUCGGUGCUGUGAGCCAGCUGCAAUAUGAGCUGGGAAAAAUUCUUUGUGAUGUACAUUCUUGCGAUGGAGUUGUUAUUGCUGGAUAUACAUCAGGAGAAGUGAGGUUGUGGGACACUCGCACCUGGGACUACACAGCCCCCAUCCUGGAACCAAUGCAUGGUCCUGGUGAUGCUGGACCUCAGCCACAUGUCUCCUUUGUGAGGAUAAACAGCUCUCUGGCUGUAGCAGCUUAUGAGGAUGGAACUGUUAGUGUUUGGAACCUGAUGUUUGGGCGGGAGCCAAUCCAUCAUUACCAGCACAAUCAGAGGAUACAGGCUUUAGCUCUUGCUUCAGAGGGUGCAACAGUAGCAACAGCAUCUGGCUUUGAGGUCAAAGUGGAAAGCCCUAAUGACAGAGGAUUCUGGCAAACUACGGCAACAUUUGAAAUCCAGAAAUUGGUCAACUUCCUUAAUCUGGUUCCAGAUGUUACGGGGAGUCCAGUGACCGUAGCAGCUGCAGAAGACAUUGUCUAUCUCCUGAAAGCAGAAGAUCCUGGCAAAAUUCUCCAUUCUGUCUAUGGUCAGCCUGUCACAUGUCUCGAUGUGUCUGCUCAUGAAGCAGCCUUUGGGGUCAAAACCUUUGGCUGGUUAUUGAAUGAGCCCAACCAGAUUCUUCUUUACAAUCUGGAAACAAGUCAGUGUCUGAAGAAGAUGGGCAACUCGAUAGGUGACUUUACGUGUGUCAACCUCCAGAACAGUCCUCCAAACAUGCUUGUUACAGGCAAUAAAGACAGAAGGGUCAGGGUAUUCGAUCUCCGCAAAAGCGAAUCUUUGUGUUCCCUCUAUGCCCACCAGUUAGGAGUGUCUGCAGUUCAGAUGGAUGACUGGAAGAUUGUCAGUGGAGGAGAAGAGGGCUUGGUCUGUGUGUGGGACCAACGGAUGGGCACCAAACUCUGGGAAAUGCAUGCCAGACAUCCAGUCCGCCAUGUAUGGUUUAAUUCUCAUAGCCUCAUCACUGCAAACAUCCCUGAUGAGAAAAGUCCCCGAGGCGCCAGCAUCAUGGAUGAUGACCUUACUGCGCACCGCAAGCAUCGAGGAAUCAUUUAUGCCUACGAGUUCUCAGUGGACCAGUUGGCUGUAGAAAGCAUCCUUCCUAUUUGCCGCUCUUCCUAUGAUGAAGUGACUGGUUACAACUACAACAUUGGCCUUGCAGUUCCCUAUGAUAACAUUUAGGUAAUUCACUUUACUUGGCUUCUGUGGUCCAGCCCUCUGCCAAGUACAUGGCCAAAGGCAAAAAGGAGAUCCACAUGGGACAAGCGCCAAAAAGAUGGCGUUGGCUGCAGGCACAUCAAAUGGGCUGAGCAUUUGCCGAAAACUUGGGGAUAUGAACCAGAACAGAGAGUGUGGCUGCCUUCGAGCAUAUCACUAAAAUAUGUUGCUGCGCAAAUGUUCAAAGGUCCACUAUGGUGGAAUGGAGAGACUGAAGACUGAAGGGGAACAGUAUGCUUCGGUGUAAACAAAAAUGUUCCUUCAUGCUGCUUGUGGGAAAAAUGCUGCUGAUCCCAUCUUGGCAGAGGAUAUGGUCAGGAAGCGAGAGCCCCAAGUGGCAAACUGCUGAAGUGGUGGGAGGCUGGGAGCACAUUGAGGAAUUCAUGCCUGUCCUGAGAGGGGAAAAAAAAACCCACCAAGGACUUGGAAAAAGCAUCUGGCAGAGCCACAUGUUUGAAAUUUCUUUCCUUGUAAUAAGCUGCUCAUUCUUCUUUUCCUUGGAGUGCAUCGGAAUGUGUCUAGGAACAGAACCGUGCACAAAAGGUUAUGGUGGUUGGGAGAGGGGAGUAUGAUGGAGAGAGGGAGGGGAAGGUUGGCCUUGGCCAGGCCGGAUGCUUGGAAACUCAGCAGGCCACAUGCAUCAAAAUUAUUUUAAAAUAAAUUAUUUUUUUAAGUCUCUAAAA